AUGGCUUUGUCGCGGGUGGUUCGUUGCUUGGGAGCCUGGUUGCUCGUACGGGACGCCCUCCUCACGCCUAGGAUUCCUGGCCGUUGGGGCACAGCAGCACACCUUCUUGUGACUGGCCGCUCGGCAUCAUCAACGCCAGGAACAGCAGGAGGAGCACCUUCUGAGGAGGCGGUAGCGUCGGCGGUAGCGCGUGGGCAGGAGCUGCUGCUCGGAGGACUCCUCCAUGAGGCGGUCGAUGUGCUCGAGGGAGUUCUUGAAUCCGAACCCGAGGAGCCGAAGGCACUCCUGCACUUGGCCCAGGCUCUCGCCCAGCUGGGGCACCCUGUGCGAGCAGUGGAGCUCCUGGACCGGCUGUUAGGCCUUGGUCAAGUCACUCCUGAGUCAAAGUCCUUUGUGCUAAACCGACGCGGCAUCUAUCUGAUGGCUGCAAAUGACUUUACUGGCGCGUGUAAGAGUUACGAACGGGCGCUUGACGGUCGUGGACAUGGGCACAUCAACAGGCAUGCUCUGUAUAACCUUGCCCGCUUGCUGCACUUCCAUGUACUUCCAUCCGAGAUAACGAUACCGGAUUUUUCUAUCAUUGAACGCGCUAUCGAGCUCUAUCGAGAGGCACUUGGUCCGGGCGGCGAUGGCAUAGGAGGCCCAGUUGACCGAUCUGCAAUUUUCAGAGACAUGGCGGCGGCUCUCAUGUUGGCCGGCCGGGUCGAGGAAGCCAUCGCAGAGCUCGAGUACGCCACAGCAGAGAUGUCGCAAGACGUGGAAAACGCUACCAGUAGCCCCAUCAGCAGUAAGAGAUAUAGCGAUGGUGAUGCCGAUAAGAGCGGGGGUGUCGAGGUGGCGGCUCUGACAACGGCGGAGACCGCAGCAAGGAACAAAACUGCGGCUUUCCUGUGGGAUAGCCUCUCAAGCGCUAGAUCAGCUGCUGGAGACAUAUCCGGUGCGGUGGCCGCAGGGAGAAAGGCACUCAACCUUGUGGGCGACGAGCCCGGUCUCUACCACAAUAUGGCGGUGGUAUUCCAGAAGGCGGGGCUGCUCGAGGAGGCACGAGACGCCUGGCUCACCGCGGUGGCGAUCGACCCAGUCUGCGCACCCGCCCUUGCCGGACUAGGUCACCUAGAAGGAGCAAGGGGAAACAUCGGACAGGCACGGGCGUUCUACGAAGCAUCCCUGGUGGCUUUGCAGUCUCCCGAAGUGGGCAGCAACAGUGGUCACAGCCACAUCACCGAUCAGGAUGGACAACUAACCUCGAUGUUCCUUGUCGCCACCGCGGUUAUCCCCGCCCUCUACGAGUCGAACGACCAUAUUGCGAAGGUUCGCCGCGACUUUGAAAGUGGCCUAGACCAUCUGCUAGCCGAACCCAUGGACGCCGCUUCGACAGGAGUGGAACGUCCUUCGACUACCGUUGGAUCGGGAGCACUCGGCUACUAUAUCGUAUAUCAGGGCUUCGAAGACGUGGGAAUACGCCGGAAGCUCGCGCGUGCUUACUGGAAAUUGGCCCCGUCGCUCAGGUACUGCGCCCCAUUCCUGGCAAACGAUGACGACUUGUCUACCGGACACUACGUACCAAGAGCAACAAGUGACGUCGUGCCAGUGCCUGGCGAGCUAGGUCCGCCGACGGUAGGAAAGCUGCCGGAGGAGCAGCAGGAUUCACUUAACAGGCCAGCAGACGGGGCGGACGUGCCGCCGUCGGGAGUACGAGCGGCCCCCAUCCAGUCGCCGGCUACGGGAAUUGAGAGUAUGCCUGCAGGGGUGGGAACGGCGAGCAAGGCUCGAGAAGAUCUGGACGGCAUGGGCAGCCGUAACACGCAGGCGUCGGCUUCAUCACCACUGCCGUGUCGUCGCCGUCGCAUCAGGGUGGGCUUUUUGUCGGCGUUCUUCUACACGCACUCCGUAGGCCUACUGAUAGAAGGGGUUGUGACGCGGUUGGACCGACGGCAGUUUGAAACUACCGCGAUUUUUCUUCAGCCCCACCCUUCCUCUGCAUCAUCAACGUCCUCUUCGUGGCGGGGCUCAAGGGGAGGAGGGGUUGCCGGAGAUGGGGGAGAUGGAAAGGAGAACAGCGCGGGGAGGGACCAUGUGUACGAUGCGGUGCGGACCGGCGUGGAGCAUGUGCUGGACGUGCCACUCAGCAGUCUCGCCGCGUGCCGCCAUGCCAUCGCGUCGCUCCAGCUAGACGUGCUUGUCUUCACUGAGAUUGGCAUGAACAACGAGUCGUACUUCUUGUCCUUCGCCCGCCUGGCGCGAAGAUCCGCCGCGUUUUGGGGGCACGCCGUCACGAGUGGCAUCAGUGCUUUCGACGCUCUCUCCACGCUCAACGGCGACGCCGACGACCCCGACCCAGCCGCGGGGGUGCAGGCGGCGAGCGUCGGCGUUGCCGACGAUGAUGCUGUAGGAGGGGUCGACUACUUCGUGUCUUCGUGGCUGUUCGAAGAUGUGGGCCUCGGCCGGCGGGCCCAGCGCAAGUACAGCGAGAGGGUGUACCUGAUGAAAGGUCUCACGACGCGGUUCAGCCGCCCAACUCCUUCUGUCCCAGGCCUCGUUACUCGAGAAACCUUGGGCAUACCUCCCCGGAUCCUCCCGCCUGGUCGGACUGGCAACCCUUUCCAAGUUUCGUCCGGCGAUAACACCGUCGCUACUCCUACCGGUCCUGCUUCUUUCGAAGCUGACAAAGAUGCUUCUUUCGAAGCCGAAAAAGAUGCUUUCGAAGCCAACGAACAGCCCGGAAGAACUGCUGCAGACGGACGACCGCUUGCGGUACCACCGACUUGCGGAGCGCUGUACCUGGUGCCCCAGACUCUGUACAAGCUGCACCCGGACUUCGAUCAGCUUGUGGCGGGGGUGCUGAGCGCCGACCCGUCCGGGUGCGCGGUCUUCAUACGAGCUUUGGAGGCCUACAUGACGGAGGGACUGGUGCGGAGGAUGUCAAGAACGCUUCUGGCCGCCGGCGUGGAGCGGGAACGAGUGGUGUUCGUUCCCCGGUGGGUCGGUCUGAAUCCUUCCAUUGCCCCGUUGGACAGGCUGGUGGGGCUGAAGGAGUUCUCGGGCCUGGUGGAGCUGGCCGACGUGGUGCUGGACCCCUUUCCCGUUGGGGGCGGCCGGUCGUCCUUAGAGAUCUUCGCCGUCGGCGUUCCCAUAGUCAUGCUGUACAACAGGACGUCUAUCCUCCAGUUGACCUACGGCAUGUACGCGACCAUGGGCCUGGAAGGAGCUGUGGGCCAAACGACAGGCUCGAGCGGAGUUGCUGGUGGCCCCGUGUCACUGGUGACGUACUCGGAGGAUCAGUUCAUCCGUAGCGCCGUUGCCGUCGCCACGGAUACGGGGCUUAACGGGCGCUCCAGAGAGCUAAUUCUCGCGAACAACCAUCGUCUCUACGAACAAGACACGGUCAUCACGGAGUGGGAGCACUUCCUUGAAGGAAUCGUCAGCGUUCCCCGCCCUGCCGCCACCGACCUGGGGCAUGGGCUACACAAAGACCUUGCUGUCGACGUCUCCAACUUUCCCGCGAAGCUCCCGUGGUGGGAAGGCUUGGAUGAACUUGGGAACAGCGCUCGUGGUAUUGCUAUGCCCGAGGGUGUGGCUGCAACUGAAGCACGUACCCAGAGCAAGAGUAUUGGUCAGACACCAACGGAGACGUCGGCGUCGACUGUAUCAGCAGCCACGGCGCCCUCGCUCUCGUCGAACUUUGACAGCUCUCACCCAAGCGUAGAUGACGUCAACGGUAUCAACGCUGAUGUCAGCAACAGUCGUGUUUCCGACAGCGGACUCGUGGGGGACGAUCUAGCGGCGGCCAAGCCCUCAUCGGAGGUGCACGGCCCUCAGCCAAGCGGGGUCAGCGUCGACGGCAACGGCAGCCCUGAUGCCAGCGCCAAUGUUGAUUCCGAUGGCAGUCUAGUCGGGGGCGACUUCGGGUCGGAGCCUCUCUACGCGAUCGAGUUCUCCGUGGCACCACCGCGCGAGGGAGAGCAGCCGUCUCAACUUUUGGCCGAGCUGUACCACGGCAGCAAUCCUAUGGAAGUCGCGGACAGGCUCAGGGAAGAAGGAGAGCUGGACUACCUCCAGUACAGGUGGAUCGGUGCCGUGCUCUGCCGGGGGAUCAAGCGUCUAAAUCGAACGGUGGUAUGGUCGAAGUACGUGACGAUCGACGGCGUGCACGAUGCGUGUGCGUUCGCUUACUUGCGCGUCUUGUCAUCUUCCCGACCCCAGGAACUCCCUCAGCACGCCGACCCCGAGUGGAUAUCCUCGAGGGCGGAAGACCGAGCGUGCUCGAUGCCAGAGCCCACGUCACGAACGCGAUACUAUUCGUUAUUUUCCUCCAAUAACGGCACAACGGGAAAUUACCCUUUCCCAGUCUCCCGCGCUUCAAAUGGUGACCAGCGGGCAACGCUUAACUCGCCACCCGUGUCAGCCCCUAGAGGAGCAUCGAGAGAGUUUCGUGGGCGUGGUGACGAGGUUGGCCGAGGAGACUUAUUUUCCGCUCAGGGUGAUGUUUGGGGUACGGGCCAGGAUGACGACGACAACGACAGUGGGUGUGUCACCCUCGCCAUCACCACGUGCAAGCGCCUUCGGGCGUUCUUGGGGACGGCGGAGGGUCUUCAGGCAUCACCGUGGUCGUUUGGCAAGGUUGCUAACCCGACCAACGCUACACGAUUGAUGAAAGCAAAGCGUGCUCCAUUCCAAUGCUCUAUGGAUGUGACGAGCAGAUGGUCUGCUGAGGACCACGUCCGCGUCUUGGUACCGAAAAACAUCAACCCUCGGAAACGCCACCUGGUGCGCCUUUUCUCCCUCUUGAACAUUGUGUGCAUUGUCUCUCAGGUCUUGCUCGGGCCUCUCCGGCAAGGCGAAGUUGGAAGAGACAUCGCGGGCCCAAGGGUAUGCCAAGUUCUAGUCGUCGAUGACGGUAGUUCUCCCAAGGACCGCGCGGUGAUGAUGUCGGCCUUCCCUCAAUUCACCUACGUCUUCAAGGGGGCUGGUGACGCCAAAGGUGAUUUUCGGCCUUUAACGGGCCAGUGA